AUGUACACCAAGCUCGACAUGCCCGGCGCGGUGACCGGCAGCGUCGGGAUGAUUGCGAUGGUCUACUCAAUCAUCGAGGGCAUCCCCCGCGGCUGGGACGACCCGGUCAUCCUCGCCACGAUUUCGGUCGCCCAACGCGACUUCGUCGGCGCGAUGGUGGCCAUGUUCUUCAUCAUGUUCGCGCUGAUGGGCGUGCUCUUCUACCUGCCCCAAUUCUUCCAGCUGGUGCAGGGCGUCUCGGCGACCGAGAGCGGGCUGCGCGUGAUGCCGCUCGCGAUUGUGAUGAUCGUCUGCGCCCCCAUCGCCGGUUUCAUUCUGCCCAAGGUCGGACCGCGAUUCCUGCUCUUCUGGGCGCCGAACGGUCCACGGCGGCGGCUGUCUGCUGAUCUCGGGCUGGUGCUCGCCGUCGACACGCCGUACUGGAUGAUCGCCGUCGCGCUGGCCUGGCUCGGGCUGGGAGGCUCGCUGCACAUGCGGCGACCACACCGACACCUCAAUGGCCGCCGUCCCGGUCGACAUGGGGCAACGCUCUGCGGUCAGCAC